ACUGCCUGAGGUUCACAACACUACUAACAAUAAAGCAAUAGCCUAUACGGAGAGUUUAGGAUACUAUUGAUGGUAAAACGAGCAACUUAUGCUGGCAGGACACUGUUCAGGUAACCGACGGGCAGAGCACCUUGCGCUUGCCUCCUGAAUCACAGCACAGUAUAAAAGCCAGAGGCAGCAGUUGAGGAUGAGAGAUUUGCAUCUGCAUCUGGAUAACUGACUCAGAGCUGCUGCUGCUGCUGCUUCACCGCAAACUCCUGCAGAUUCAACGUUAACUCCAUAGAAGGGCUACUGUAUUCACCAAAGAGGGAUGAAGACCGUCAACUUUUUUACCGACUUGCUUCUUGUAUUCAUAGCUAGUGAUGCGAGCGCUUGGGUUAUCAGAAAUGCGACCGAAACGCAAACCGGAACCAAUCUCACUUUCAGUACAUCGGAAUUGGGGGAUGAUCAAGGAAUAGGAUCCAAACCCAAAUCAAGGAGAAAACGGUACAUUUCGCAAAGUGACAUGAUUGCAAUUCUGGAUUAUCACAACAAGGUGCGUGCGAAUGUUUUCCCACCUGCAGCCAACAUGGAGUACAUGCUUUGGGAUGAUGGACUGGCCAGGUCAGCAGAAGCAUGGGCAGCCACCUGUAUUUGGGAACACGGACCACCUUACCUUCUCCGAUAUCUGGGUCAAAACCUCUCAGUUCGAACUGGCAAUUACCGCUCCAUUCUUCAGCUGGUUAAACCAUGGUACGAUGAGGUCAGGGAUUAUAUGUUUCCAUACCCACGUGACUGUAAUCCCCACUGCCCGAUGCGCUGCUAUGGACCCAUGUGCACACAUUACACACAAAUGGUGUGGGCGUCAUCAAACAGAGUUGGAUGUGCCAUCCAAACCUGCUUCAAUAUGGUAGUAUGGGGUGCUGUGUGGAGAGAGGCAACGUACUUGGUCUGCAAUUAUUCCCCAAAGGGCAACUGGAUUGGUGAAGCACCAUACAGAGUUGGUGUGCCAUGCUCCGCCUGUCCUCCAAGCUACGGAGGUUCAUGUAGUAACAACAUGUGCUUUCCUGCUAUCAACUCAAACUUCAUGUACUGGUUUAAAUGAGCCAAUAAUAUAGUUACUGUGGGCAUUUUGCAGUGAUGUUGUACUAUCUAAUAGUUUCGAUAAAAAGAAAUUAUAAUAUUGAUGCAAAUGUUAGCAUCAAUCAUUCACUCUCAGAAAUAAAGGUACAAAAUCUGUCACUGGUGUAUUACCUUUUUAAAAGGUACACUUUUGUACCAUACUGGUGGAAAUACACUUUUGUAUCUUUAAGGUUAACUUUUGUACUUUUAAGGUUGACUUACUGUGAGGUACACAUUAAGUUCUACCAGAAAGUCCAGGGAGAUAAUUAUGAUACUGAAUUACUUUUAUUGAUGAGUAUUAUUUGAUAAGAGUAUCAUGAGACAGGAUUUCUUUGGCGGAGGCCCCAUCCAUAGCUUGGUUUGAAAGCUUUUAGAUCUAGCUACGUCUUUUGAGGAUGAAGGCAGGGACGGAGCCUUACCCCUCUGGACAGGGCCAACCUGGUGGUGGUGGGGACGAUGGGUAUACGUUUGCGUCGGUGCCUGCAACCAAAUUAAUGAAAUGAAUGGACAGCUUAUAUAUUCCUUGUGUCUCGUGGCUAUUGGUUGGAACUGAUUGUGAUGAGUCUUGUGACAUUUAGGUCUUCCUAGAACUACCGCUAAAAGCUACAUUUACUGUGAGGUACACAUUUGUACUUUUUAGGUAUUAAUAUGUACCUUUUAAAGACUAGUUAGGAACAAAACUUUAUCCUUUGAAACGGUACUGCCCCAGUCACAGAUUUUGUACCUUUAUUUCUAAAAUUGUUAUGACAAAUAAACCAAGAUUGUUGGUGUUUAAAUAAAAAUUUCACCCAAAAAUAUAAAUUCUGCCAUCAUUUAAUCGCUUUUUACUUUUUCAAAAACUGUUUGAGGUUUUUUCUUCUAAUAAGCACAAAAGUACAUAUUUUGAAGAAAGCAGGAAACUUCUAAUCAUUGACUUUCAUAGUAUUUGUUUUUUUUAUCUG